GCCGCGGCGAGCGGCGGCGGUGCCGGGGAGCCGCGCGGGGCCCGUGCGAGUGCCGGCGCCGGCCAUGGGCGUGUGCGUGCGUGCUGUGCUGCGGGUGCUGGUGCUGCAGGCGGCCUGGGCUCUGGGCGGCGGCCAGCUGCGCUACUCGGUGCCGGAGGAGGCCGAGGGCGGCACGGUGGUGGGUCGCCUGGCGCAGGACCUGGGCCUGGAGGCGGGCGAGCUGGAGGCGCGUCGGCUGCGGCUGGUGGCGAAGGGCCGGCGGGCGAGCGUGGAGGUGAGCGGGGCGAGCGGGGCGCUGGUGGUGAGCUCGCGGCUGGACCGGGAGGAGCUGUGCGGGAAGAGCGCGCCGUGCGCCCUGCGCCUGGAGGUGCUGCUGGAGCGGCCGCUGCGCGUCUUUCACGUGGAGCUGGAGGUCACCGACAUCAACGACAACGCGCCGCUCUUCCCCGCCGCCCGCAAAAACCUCAGCGUAUCGGAGAAUUCCCCUCCCGGCUCGCGCUUCCCGCUGGAGGGCGCGUCGGACGCAGAUAUCGGAGCCAACGCGCAGCUCUCCUACAAACUCAGCCCGAGCGAGCAUUUCGCUCUAGAAGUGAAAUCCGCGGAUGAAAACAGGAAAUCGUUAUUUCUGGUGCUGUCGAAGGCUCUGGACCGGGAGGCGAUGCCUGUGCACCGGCUGCUGCUGACGGCGAGUGACGGGGGCAGACCGUCGCUGUCGGGCACCAUGGAGCUGGUGGUCUCGGUGCUGGAUGUGAACGACAACGCGCCCGAGUUCAACCAGUCGGUCUAUAAAGUGCAGCUGUCAGAGAACGCUGCAGAGGGGACGCUGGUUUUGCGCGUGAGUGCCACGGAUCCGGACGAGGGAAUGAACAGCGAAGUGACAUAUACAGUCACUAACGUAAUCCCUGGUAGAGGAAAAAACCUGUUCUUGCUAGAUCCAAGCACAGGGCAGAUGAGGCUCGCGGGUCCCCUGGAUUUUGAGGACGUUCGUCUAUACGAGAUACAAGUGGAAGCGAAAGACAAGGGUUCGCCUCCAUUGUCUGGACACUGCAGUGUGGAGCUGGAGGUGCUGGACGUGAACGACAACGCGCCGGAGGUGUGGGUGACGUCGCUGUCGGUGCCGGUGCCGGAGGACGCGGCGCUGGGCACGGUGGUGGCGCUGCUGAGCGUGUCGGACCGGGACUCGGGGGCGAACGGGCGCGUGCGGUGCGCGGUGUGGCCGGCGGCGCCGUUCGGGCUGGUGGCGACGUUCGAGGGCUCGUACUCGCUGGUGCUGCGGGAGGCGCUGGACCGCGAGCGGGUGGCGGAGUACGAGGUGGAGGUGCGGGCGGAGGACGGCGGGGCGCCGCCGCUGCGCGCCAGGCGCGGGCUGCGGGUGCCGGUGUCGGACGUGAACGACAACGCGCCGGCAUUCGCGCAGGCCGUGUACACGGUGCUGGCGCGGGAGAACAACGCGGCGGGCGCGGAGCUGGCGCGGCUGUGGGCGCGGGAUCCGGACGAGGCGGGCAACGGGCGCGUGAGCUACUCGCUGGCGGAGGGCGUGGCGGGGGGGGCGUCGCGCUCGGCGUCGAGCUACGUGUCGGUGGAGGCAGAGAGCGGGCGUCUGUGGGCGCUGCAGCCCUUGGACUACGAGGAGGUGCAGGUGCUGCAGUUCGAGGUGCGCGCGGUGGACGCGGGGGAGCCGGCGCUGUGCGGCAACGCCACGGUGCAGCUCUUCGUCGUGGACGAGAACGACAACGCGCCGGCGCUGCUGCCGCCGGCGGGCGGCGGCGCGGGGCCCUGGGCGGGCGGCGCGUCGGGGUCGGCGUCGGCGGGGCCGUCGGCGUCGGCGUCGCUGUGGGCGUGGGCGGCGUGGGGGUGGCCGGCGGGGCAGGUGGUGGCGAAGAUCCGCGCGGUGGACGCGGACUCGGGCUACAACGCGUGGCUGCGCUACGAGCUGCGGGAGCCGCGGGGCAAGGGCGCGUUCCGCGUGGGGCUGUACAGCGGCGAGGUGAGCACGGCGCGGGCGCUGGAGGAGGCGGACGGCCCGGGGCAGACGCUGCUCAUCGUGGUGCGGGACCACGGCGAGCCGGCGCGCUCGGCCACGGCCACGCUGAGCGUGUCGCUGGGCGAGGGCGGCGAGGCGGCGCUGGCGGCGGCGGCGGCGGGCGCGGGCUCAUCGUCGUCGGGGCUGCGGCCGGCGGCGGGCGCCGAGGGCGGCGGCGGCGGCGGCGCGGCGGCGACGGCGACGAACGUGUGGCUGGUGGUGGCCAUCUGCGCGGUGUCGAGCCUCUUUCUGCUGGCGCUGGUGCUGUACGGGGCGUGGCGGUGUGCGCCGCGGGCGGCCGUGCUCUCGGGGCCCGGGCCGGCGACACUGGUGUGCGCCAGCGAAGUGGGCAGCUGGUCGUACUCGCAGCGGCAGAGCCGGAGCCUGUGCGUGGCGGACGGCGCGGGCAAGAGCGACCUCAUGGUUUUCAGCCCCAACUUCCCGCCGCCCGCCGGCGGCGCGGCGAAGGAGACGCCGCAGGAUCCGCCCGCUCUGCUGGACACGGUCAGUGGCACUUUCUUUUCUCCUCCCAUCCCACCCUUCCGCCUGCCCUGA